AGAUGUAGGAUGAGAAUAAUGACAUGAAGUCCACUAACAGACACACAGUGGAAAGUAACUGGAUGUAAAGGUCACUCCGAAAGUCAAGUUAAGGAGCAAGUUAAGGAGCAAGUAAAGGAGCAGGUUAAGGAGCAAGAUAAGGAGCAAGAUAAGGAGCAAGAUAGGGAGCAAGAAGCACAAUGUUGGGAGUAUCACAGCAGCAGAGUACCAGUGUGUUAGGGGGAGUGGGCCCCAAUAUAUCAUCUAAUGCCGGGACCCUUGGGGAGAGUUGCUCUGAUAUGAGCGCUCUUACUUCUGUAUUCAAGGGUCUCUCUCCUGACCAACCUCAAACUCCGGGAAAGACGAAGAUAACGGUGGGCGAGAGUAUCAAUCAGCGGUGUGACCUGAUGCUUUCCGAGCAGUUGUCACACCUGCAAGACAUUCAAUCAGCACUUGAAGAAAAUCUGGACAUCAUAGAAACUGAGGCCUACACUGAUCCUGAGAAGUAUAUUGCACGUGCGCAGAACUUAUUUGAGCAGGCUCAGAACGGUUCAGUGUUAGUGGCGUGUAUUGGUAAAAUGCAGACAGAAUUGCUGCACACCCGCCAAGACUUACAGAAACUAAUAGCUAGUUCAGACAGGGACCCCCAGGAUGCACUAACGCGCGCACAAGACCGUGUUAAGUGGCUCGAGAACAGGAUAGAACAAGUGCUCCUCCUCCACAGACAGAGUGUGCUGGAGGGUAAGAGAGCCAAGAUGACCAGUUCCCUGGCGCACAGCAGUAAGUACGGUAGUUCCAGUUCUGAUCUCAAGUCAGGGAGCAGUGGGGAGAAGGUUGAGGAGAGUGUUUACAACAUGGUCAGUCUCGGACCCCUGCCAUUUACAGACGAGUCAAUAGGACGAGAGGACACAACAGUGACUACAAAGUCUGUAAAGUCCACAAAGUCCAUCAAGUCUCAGAAGUCUAAAGCUGCUAGUACCGCUACUACUCGCUUCACCGUGCCGUCUGCACGAUCAGAAGAUAACCCAGAGAGUAGCCUGUGGAGUAAGAAGUCAGGUCCUCAACCACUGUGGCACACUCUACCUCUCGUACCUAGGUCUCCUAUCACACUCUCCUGUACUCCUUUUGACAGGAACGUUCCUUGGCUGGAUAGACGUGGCAGCAGCUACGAUUUGUUGUGUUUUCAGCGGGAAGAAUAUAACCAGCUGAUGGACAAGGUAGCUAAAGUGUACACUCACAUUCAGUAUGUGGUGGACAGUUCUCAUGAAACUGAUGUCAACAUCAACUCUCCUACUAACGUUUCCUCGAGGAUGUCCAGGCAGGGAGGGGAUGGAAAGGACGAUUACGAUUGUUACGGACUAGACCCCCCUGUCCCCCUGAAAUGGGGACGCCUCAGUCGCAGUCAGUCUAACAUAUACCCUCGUCCCACACGAACUUGGCACAAUGGCAUUUACCUGGAGCCGGUAAGACGGAUAGCUAACCAGCAGCAGAACCAACAGGGUAGCAUGAGCAGACAAUCUACUUUUGCAAGCGGCGGGAAAUCGGAGAGUAUUCGCAUAUUCAGUAGGUCGAAGUUGAUUCAAGCCAAACGAAGAGUAAAACUUUCAGUAUUGGCGUCAGUGAGUCUGCAGAAGUUGAAUAGGAUAACGUUAGCCAAGAGGAACAAUAAUGAGCUAAGUUCGGGGGUCACCGCAGCUCAGAAGAAACGUAUCAUGUUUCUAAUAAACCAAAACCUGAAGAGUGAAAUAGCGAAAGUCAGAAAAGAAGCAGUCCGGGACCUGGGUAUUUUGUACAAGACACAACAAGAGUUCGCCGUCGUAAACGCUCUUAAGGAAACGGUGUACACGGAUGAUAACAUAUUCGUGUUGAUAGAAGCCAGCAAAUCCCUCCUCUCAAUCGGAGUCUGGGAUUGUGCUGCUCUGGAGAUCGUCCUACAAGCCAUUAAAUACGGGAGCCAGGGACUGAGGUUCACCCUGCUGGAGGCACUGAGGACCAGCAGUAAUCCUAACUCUGUUAACAAACAGUCGGUUCAGUUCCGGGUGUUACAAGGGUUGUUGUUGAACUUGAUACGGAGGGGGUCUCAUAUUCCGCAGACGGAGGAGAGUAAGGGUCCUACCUUCACUCUUCCCACUGAUACACCCAGUUUACUCCUGAAGCUGCAGAAAGAAAUAAAAACAUAGGCGGAGCUGAUAACGACUCACUAGCAGCACAUGCAGCUCUGGUGUGCGCAGCGUUCCUUAUUAUAGAUGACGAGGUUAAGGAGUGUCUGCUUCAUCUACUGAAGAAAGGAUCAGAGGACUUGCAGUCCUGGUCGUUGACAGCGUUAGUAACGAAGUUGAACCAUCAUCCUCCAGAAGUGAUCAGGUCCUGUCUUUCUUUAAUGAAGUCUGCUGUCAAGUCAGAAAACCGAGCUGCUGCUACUGAGCUUAUAGUAGAUUUGAAGCAGGCUAUAGAUAACAAUGGUCUGUCGGCCCAGGUAUUUGAUGGUUUACAACUCAUGCUGUAUGAUGACUUCUCCAGGGAGGUUAGGCAGACAGUUGCUAAAGUGACAACAUCGCUUGGUCUACAUGCAAAGAUGGUGCAAGUGGUUGUCAGGAAACUAGACGAUAUAAAUGAAGAUGUGAGGGGUCAAGGGGUCAUGUCGCUCUCAAUUCUAGGAAUCAAGGGGAAAAGUCUUCUGAACCAGCUUCUUGACAUUCUCGAGCUGGAUUCUUCUAUCUUCGUUCGAAUUCAGGUGAUGAGGGCGGUAAAGGAGCUGAACAUAGCAGAUAGGAGGGUGAUAAGGCUGCUCCGAGAGCGGGCACGUGGUAGUGGCCCCAUGUGCAAGGAGGCCCAACUUGCGCUCUACACUCUAACCGGAGAAUUGGAGUAGCUCAACUUGCGCUCUACACUCUAACCGGAGAAUUGGAGUAGCUCAACUUGCGGUCUACACUCUAACCGGAGAAUUGGAGUAGCUCAACUUGCGCUCUACACUCUAACCGGAGAAUUGGGGUAGCUCAACUUGCGCUCUACACUCUAACCGGAGAAUUGGAGUAGCUCAACUUGCGCUCUACACUCUAACCGGAGAAUUGGAGUAGCUCAAGUCUCAACUUGUGCUCUACACUCUAACCGGAGAAUUGGAGUAGAAGAGUUAUCUGAAAUUGUACUGCUUAUUGAAGGUUCCUGAUUAGACUGGAGAAACAAAUCUUUUAUCAAAUACUUGAGAUACGAAUAUUAGUUUGUGCUGAUAACAGUUCUGUUUGUUAUAUAAGUGGAGUAUUAUUGUAAUAGCCUUUAUGAACAAUCCUUAUCUUUUAACAUUUUCAUUCUUGUGUUAAGUAUUUAAUUCAAUGUUGUUCAGAUUUCAAGUUUAAAUUUGAUCAGCAGAUAAAUGGAAAAUGUCCUAGUUUGAGUUGUCAUAUAUGUUUGGCUUUUAGGGGUACGGAAAUUUAUCGAUCGAAUAUAUCGAAUAUUUGGUAUUUUGGGUCGAGGAAGCAUAGUUUUCUAAAUUAUGUCCCAUUUUCAUAUUUUUAUGAUUUUUUAUUAGUAAGUUAUUUCUUAUAGUUUAUCAUAUGAGCAGAUAUGAUACAGAUUACAGGGUUCAUGAAAUCAGAUAGGGUUUAAUUUAUAUACAAAAUCAUUAUUUAAGUUUGUAUGAAUAUUUUGUAAAUACCGUUUGAAAACUGUUUUUAUCAUUUUAAAA